AUGGAUUUCUCUAAGCCCACAGCCAGUGAAGCCUCUGUGGAUCUCAAGCCAGGGUUCAAGUUUAAACCUACUGAAGAGGAGAUCGUGACAUGCUACCUUCGUCCUCGUGCAGUGAAUGAACCACUCCCCUCAACGUUCAUUGUUGAUUUGGUUAUCCUAAGCUGCAACCCUUGGGACCUAGUACCAGAGGGAUCUGUGGAGAAAUACUUCUUUUGUCAAAGAGUACAAAGAUGGCCACAUGGAAACCGGUACAAUCGUGCAGCAGGUGAUGGACACUGGAGGGCAUCGGGUAAGGACGUGCCCAUCUUUAGCAAUAUCAUCAAUGGUGGAAUGCCUUUGAUGGUUGGGCUAAAGAAAACACUGGUGUUCUACCUUGGCAAGGCAGCAGCUGGUGAGAACACAGAAUGGGUCAUGCAUGAAUAUAGCCUUGUUCAAGCCGGCCUCACACCCUAUCCAGUGAUUAGUCCCAGUGGAACCAACAACCUAGGAGAAUACAGCCGUUAUGCAGUGGCAAUCACAAAGUUUGUUCCUAUCAUGACGAUUAAUCCAGAUGACUCCUGGGUUGUCUGUCGCAUCUUCAAGAAGAAGAAGAAGCAUGCACUACGUGCCACUGCCCAGCGUUACAACAUUGCAGAUGGAGGGCAGCUCCGCUUCUUCAACUUCCUUGGGAAGGGUAAUUUAGAGGGAACUUCUAGCUCAGGCAGCCUCACCGACCUACCAAUAGAGAAGGCAAAGGAUAAUAAUGAGGGUAGGGGUGGAACCAAUGACAAAGAUGACACAAAUGAGGCCGGGAAGUAA